AUGGAUAAAAAUUUGAAUCUCCAGCAGAUACAAGAUCUGUUGAAUGACUUAGACUCUGACGAAAACGUGAAUGACGACAUUUUUCCUGAUGCAUCAUCAGAUUUGAGUGACGCGGAGUCUGAAAUCAGUGAUUACAAUACUGAAAGUGAAGAAGAAGCGGAAAGUAUCUCUGAAAACGAAGACUCAAGUGACAACGAUGCACAAAGCCGUAAUAGCAAUGCUUUUUAUGGCAGAAACAGGUACAAAUGGUCUAAAGUACCACCAUCACGAUCACGGGUGCCAGCACAUAACAUUAUUAUUCAUUUACCUGGUCUUAGAGGUCCUGCACAAGCCAAAAAUGAAAUAUCUCCAUUGGAAGCAUGGUCUUGUCUAUUUACUGAAGAUAUUAUUGACUUAAUUUUACAACAUACUAAUAAAAAAAUCACAAAUUAUUCAGAAAAUCAUACAUUCGACUCAGCCUAUACUUACCAUGUCACAAGAGGGGAAAUUUUGGCAUUUAUUGGGUUGAUGUUUUUGACAGGCAUAUUCAAAUCUGCGAGAGAAGAUACUCGGGGCAUAUGGUCAGCUAAAACAAAGGGUAGACCUAUUUUCAGAACAGUUAUGAGUCUAAAUCGACACACACAUCAUGCCUAUAAUUUGACGAACAACUUACACGAGAAGAACGAAAAAAGACAGACAGGCUUGCUCUCAUAUCAGAAUUGUUUAGCAAGUUUAUAA